GCAGGAGGACGCCUGCGGGUUGCCUCGUAGAGCCUGACAUCUAGGCUGCGAACUGCUCAGGGACACCAAGGAGCCCGGAGCCUGCCUUGUCCACUGGUACCUAGCUAUAGAGGGAAGAAGUGGACCGAAGAGUCCGGGAAUAGAGCUAGGCGAUUUUUACCCCUAUCAGCACCAUGGACAACGCACACAAACAAACUCAAGCUCGUCUGGAUGCUGCCUGCUUCUGGCAGAUCUGGCAGCGCUUCGACAAGGAAGAAAAAGGUUACAUAAAAGAGACAGAGCUGGAUGCCUUCUUUGAUCAUUUGCUCGCAAAAUCUGGCACUGAGGACACUCUUAUGGAAGAAAAUGUGCAGAAAGUGAAAGAACAGUUAAUGACCGGCCAUGACAUCUCUAAGGAAGGUCACAUACUGAUGAAAGAGCUUGCCAGUAUGUUCUUAUCUGAGGAUGAAAAUUUCCUCCUGUUCUUUCGCCUGGAAACUCCCUUGGAUAACAGUGUGGAGUUUAUGCAGAUUUGGCGAAAGUACGAUUCGGACAGCAGUGGCUUCAUAUCAGCUGCUGAGCUUUCUAACUUUCUCCGAGAUCUUUUCCUCCACCACAAAAAGAUCAUUUCUGAGGCUGAACUGAAAGAGUAUACUAGCACCAUGAUGAAGAUCUUUGACAAAAAUAAAGAUGGCCGUUUGGAUCUUAAUGACUUGGCAAGAAUUCUGGCUCUUCAGGAAAACUUCCUUCUUCAGUUUAAAAUGGAUGCUUCUUCUACCGAAGAAAGGAAGAGGGACUUUGAGAAAAUCUUUGCCCAUUAUGAUGUUAGUAAAACUGGAGCCCUGGAAGGCCCAGAAGUAGAUGGAUUUGUCAAAGACAUGAUGGAGCUGGUUCAGCCCAGCAUCAGCGGUGUGGAUCUGGAUAAGUUCCGGGAGAUUCUGCUUCGCCACUGUGAUGUGAACAAGGAUGGAAAGAUCCAGAAGUCUGAGCUGGCACUGUGUCUUGGACUAAAAAUAAACCCCUGAUCCCCAACUCCUCUGCUCUCUGCUUAUGUCUCUGUGCUUUUGCUGUGAGAAGUGCUUUGCUCUUGGGGACCCAGGUAAUGAACCUUCUCCCUGACAGUUUGAUACUCUUGACAGAGGGAGGGGCCCUAGAGUGCAGCCAUGAUCUUGUUCCAUGGGAAGCCCCCCUAUAACAUCUUCUUCCAUGUUCGUUCCUUGACCUUGACCUAUCUCUUCAAGGGCCUCAGUUUACCUGCUUGUUCUGCACUGUUCAACCUUCCCUUAUCACCUGUUGAUCCAUUCUACCUUCUCCUGUCCAUUCUCAUGCUUUCUACUCAGCUUUCUACCUGUGUAAUGCUGUCACUUCUACAAAUAUGUCUUCUUGUGGAAAUAAAGUUGUGGUCAAGAAUAAA